AUGCGCAAGCCCUUCCUUUGCCUCCCCCUUCUCUCUCUGUUGGGUCUCACAGCCGCCCAAACAUCUUCAUGGGGCGAGCCCUUCAUUGUCGAUAAUAGCGCGCUACCAACCAGACCAUCCACGGCGAACCUCCUAUCCAGCACGGCCACUCAGUCAAGACUCGAUGUCGCCACUUCUCCACCGACAGUCCCCUCGGUGCCAGAUGGCGCGGUCAUUCCAGGCAUCCAAAGUGCGAUCAGCAAGGCGAGCUUUGAUCCGAGUGGCUCGGAGACGAUGAGCAGCGCGGGCCUGCAGAGUGCCGCUGCUGCAGAAGGUAUGGGAGGUCUGAGGACAAUGGGAUUUGCGGGGGCUUUGGCUGCGGCCGCAGGUGUCCUGGCUGUUUAG